ACAUGGCUCUAAGUCACAUAUAAAUUUGUGCAAGGUUGUUCAAAUCAAAGAAGAGCACAAGGGACAAUCCUAUACAAUUGAAUGGGGAGAAAGGUGCAUCCCUUGGAUUCAAAAUAAUUUUGUGGCAAGGUUUGUGUGUUUUGGGAAGAAGCAGGUUUUGGAACAAGAACGAUCAAGAAACAGAAAGGGUUAUUGGGUCUUGAAGGUCUUGAAGGUCUUGGGCAUUUAAGAUUUCAAUGCCUUGCCUUGCCUUGCCUUGCCUCCUAUAUAGUUAUGAAGGGAAGGGACACUCUUAAAACCUAUUUGUGUGUUCGGACACGGCACUCUUUGGCUCUCAAGUCUCAACUCUCAACUCAAUGCAACCCCUUCGCCCGCUCCUUUCUGAUCCGAUUGGGUGGCCAUUAGUGUGUUGACUGGAUGAGAUUGAUAGACACGCUUCCAACGGUUCAAUAAUUUGAAGAAUGGAAACUCUGUUAUAUGGACUCUUUCUCUUUGGGGCUCUCUAGCAAUAUACUACAUAUUUUGUUUCUGAAUUUGAUUCAGGUGAUAAUGUUAAUAAAAAGUUCUUUUCUUAGUUCAGUUGAAGCUGGUCUAUGUUAUGUAUCUGAUGAUGGGAAAGAUGUUCCAUGUGAUCGGAUGCCUAGUGGUGAAACUUGGCAGGUGUGUCUGAAAUGCAGUAAGUACCCUGUUAACUGGUGUAGAAAAGCUGAACCAAUGGAAGAAGAUAGAAGGAACGCUGAUGAUCCCAACAGCUCAAGUUGUCCAAUUAGCUCUGGUCGGCCAUCAACUAAUAGUAUGAUGACAGAAAAUACUGCACCUAAUAUGGUCUACAGGAGAAAGAAGCUGCGUAAGGGCCCAAUGUCUAAGCUAGGGCCAAUUAAUGUGCAGGGAAGUGCCAACAGCCCUUCAGUUAUAAGUUCCUCUGCACAUUUGUCAUCAGCUGAGGAUCAGCCGGCUGGUCUUCAAGUUAAGCAUGACAUUGAAAUGGUUAAAGAUCUUACUGAGCCUUCUGUCUUAUUUGACAGAGUAUCCAAAGAUAGAACGCAUAAAAACUUAGGUAUUGACAGUGUAAAUGAUAGUUGCUCCUCUUCGAAGUCUAUUACAGAACUUGAUUCAGAUUCCAAUGAAACGGUGAUGGAUGAAGCUGGUGAAUGCUCCUCCUCCAGUGUAAUAGUCAUGGAUGCUACAAGGGAAGAGGGAACAGAAAAGGAUUUCUGCAUUAGUAUUUUAAGAAGCCAUGGACUUCUUAGAGAAAAUUCUACUGCAGAUAAUGUGGCUUCUGGGGAAGAUGCUGUCACCACUGGUAAUAGCUGUUGUUCCAGGGCAUGCAAAAUAUGUGGUCAUUUAGACAGUUCAUUGAACAUGCUUUUAUGUGAUCAGUGUGAAGAUGCAUAUCAUCCAUCUUGCUACAAUCCACGUUUGAAAAAAUUACCAAUUGAUGAAUGGUUUUGUCAUUCGUGUCUUAAAAAAAGGCAGAAAAUUCUCAAGGAGACAGUUAUCAGAUCACCAGGUAUCCACAAUGAAAUGGGAAAAAGUAGAACUUCCUCAGUUAAGGCUGAAUUGAAUCCCAUAGUGUUGAUGUUGCGGGACACAGAGCCACAUACUAGUGGUGUGCGGGUUGGUAAAGGUUUUCAAGCAGAAGUUCCUGACUGGUCAGGCCCAAUAAGAAGUGAUGAAGAUGUCCUUCCUGAACCAUUGGAAAUUAAUCCUUCAGAAUUUCCUAGUCUGCAGGGAGAGAAUACGAGAAAUCAAACUAGACUUAGUUCCAUUGGUAAUUGGCUUCAAUGUCGGGAGGUUAUAGAUAGAGCUAGCGGAGCUAUAUGUGGAAAAUGGCGCAGGGCUCCUCUUUUUGAAGUUCAAACUGAUGACUGGGAGUGCUUUUGUGCUAUCCAUUGGGAUCCAUCUCACGCUGAUUGUGCUGUACCUCAGGAGCUGGAAACGGAUCAAGUAAUGAAGCAACUGAAGUACAUAGAAAUGCUGCGGCCACGACUUGCUGCUAAACGGAAAAAAUCUGACUGAAGAAUCUAUAGUCGGGUGGGAAAGAUCUAUGUUUUGUUCUUGUAUAUUGUACAAUCUGUUAUACAAACCCAAAUUUAGAUGUUCCAUUCUGUUUUUAAGGCAUGAUAAUGGAUUUGGAAUAGUAUUUCAUAAUCGGGUUUUUAGAUUUUUUCAAUAUGUGUGGUUAUCGUAUAGCUUCUACUUGGUAGAAUGGAUCAUCAUAACCUCUGGGUAAGUUCGUCCAUCUCCAUGUCGUAUUAAGGAUCUAUUUGAUUUGAUCGUCAUGGAGUUACUGCCAUAACAGUUAUUCAAGCUGCCAUUUUGGAAAUAAAAAUUUCAACUUUAUGUCCUUGCUGAGUUCAAAUUCAAGAUGAAAAAUGAGUUCAAAUUGAGGAUUAAUAGCCUUUUUGAGCCAAAGGAAAUCUGACAACCACCUAAUACACGAGGUUAUCCAGAAUAAUGCUAAAUGUACACACUCAAGCUAGAAUGUUAGGUAAGUUUUCGUCUUUUGUGUGCGUGUGUUAUAGAUGUGGGGGAUCAGACUCGUCUGGUUGCUUAAACAGUACACAUGAAAAAUUUCCUCUCCACCAGUGACUACCAAUCUCUGAUGUUCAAUUCUCAGAGGUUCACUAUAAUCUAAACUUUUAAACAAUACUAAGCCCCGAGUUAAAUGAGACAGCAGUAGCCUCCACUUUACGUUUAUUCCCGCAAAAGAUUAGCAUAAGAAAACCGAAUAAAUAUGUAUUAACUACAUCAAAGUAUUCUCCAUUAAUGGCUUACAAGUUAAUCCUUAUACAUAAAACCCGCAGCACGUUAAUCUAAGUAAAAAUAUUUGCACCACUUUUCUUAUUAUUCUCAUUACCCAUUUUUUGGUGAACUCAUUUAAUUUUCUGAAGCUAUAUAUAAUCAUUUCCAAAAAAACUUUUCUGGAUGUGAUUUGUAAAUGACUUUCUCAAAAGUACCAAAUCGCUUCUGGAUUAAUUUCUAAAGGUAACUUUAAAUGACUUUUAAAUUUCUGCUUCUGAAAGGAAUAGAAUCACUUUUAAAAAUAAAAUUUUGGAAGUCAUUUGAAAAUCGCAUCCACAAUAUAUUAAAUU